GCUGGGAUCUCAGCAAAGCGGCGCUUCCGGGCGAGCGUCCGCGCCUUCGCCGCCGCUGCUCGUGGGCUGGAUCGGCGAGAAUGGUGGAGAAGAAGUCUUCGGUGCGGUCCCAGGACCCCGGGCAGCGGCGCGUGCUGGACCGGGCGGCCCGGCAGCGCCGGAUCAACAGGCAGCUGGAGGCCCUGGAGAACGACAACUUCCAGGACGACCCCCACGCCGGCCUUCCCCAGCUAGGCAAGAGGCUGCCGCAGUUCGACGACGAUGCCGAUACCGGAAAGAAGAAGAAGAAAACUAGAGGUGAUCAUUUUAAACUGCGUUUUCGAAAGAACUUCCAGGCCCUUCUGGAAGAGCAGAAUUUAAGUGUGACUGAAGGCCCUAACUAUCUCACAGCCUGUGCAGGGCCUCCUACCCGGCCCCAGCGCCCCUUCUGUGCAGUGUGUGGCUUCCCUUCUCCUUAUACUUGUGUCAGCUGUGGAGCUAGAUACUGUACUGUCCGCUGCCUUGGCACACACCAAGAGACUCGGUGUUUGAAGUGGACAGUGUAAGUCUGGGACCUUUCCCCAAGGAAAGAAAACCCUGCCUUGCUCUCUCCAGAGAGAAAAGAUGAAACUGUUGGAACCUUACAGCUUCCUAGACAGGACUAUUCCUCAAUCUCUGUUUCUUUUCUUUGUUUUUCCUUUUUUUAAAUUUUGUCAUUCUGUACUCCACAAAUAUCAUCAAAAUCAGUGUUUCCAAAUACACCGAAGUCACAAAAUAUGAUUAUACAUAAAAUUCUUAUAUGCAUCUUGCAUUCUUUGAAGGAUAUAAUAAAUGCAACGUGUUAAUUUCA